UUAAAGCAACUCCAAAUUGAUCAAAGUAAGGAGCGUAUCCUUCAACAGCAAAAUCAACAAAAACAAAAAACACAAUCAACAACAAUAGAAAAACAAUUAACAAAAUUAAAAGCUGAAAUGCAUGCAAUGGAAGCGGUUUUGGAGAGAAUGAAAAAUACAGAAGGGUUAGAGGAAGAUGAAUUGGGAGAAGAAAAGGAAGAAGGGAAAAAUAAGGAAAAUGAUGGAAAAGCUGAAAUUAAAGUUGAAAAAAUCCAAAAUCAUAAAAGGAAUGAAGGAAAAACGGAAAUAAGGAAUGCUAAGGAAGUGAGUAAUAAUAAUUAUAAUUUAAUUAAAAUAUAG